ACCAUCAUCACUCUCCUCUCUUUCUCUCUAACAAUCCAUAGUCCAGACUAAAAUCCAAUUCUGAUCCUCGAGGCGGAUAUGGUUUUCAAGGUUUCUCUCGUCUCAACAUCACCUAUCGAUGGCCAGAAACCGGGAACUUCUGGUCUUCGUAAGAAGGUGAAAGUGUUCAAGCAACCCAAUUACCUAGAGAAUUUUGUCCAAGCGACAUUCAAUGCUCUUACACCAGAGAAAGUCAAAGGUGCCACUCUCGUGGUCUCUGGUGAUGGCCGUUAUUACUCAAAGGAUGCUGUUCAGAUCAUAAUUAAGAUGGCAGCAGCUAAUGGUGUACGACGCGUGUGGGUUGGUAAAAACACUCUGUUAUCAACUCCUGCUGUGUCAGCUGUGAUUCGUGAAAGAUCAGGGGCUGAUGGAUCAAAAGCAACCGGAGCAUUUAUCUUAACAGCAAGUCACAAUCCUGGUGGCCCUACAGAGGAUUUUGGAAUCAAAUACAAUAUGGAAAAUGGAGGACCAGCUCCUGAAUCAAUCACUGAUAAGAUUUACGAGAACACUAAGACAAUCAAGGAGUACCCAAUAGCAGAUUUACCCAAUGUUGAUAUUUCUUCCGUCGGUGUAACCAGUUUUGAAGGACCUGAAGGAAAAUUUGAUGUUGAAGUUUUUGAUUCCGCAGAUGACUACGUUAAAUUAAUGAAGUCAAUCUUCGACUUUGAAUCCAUCCGGAAAUUGCUUUCGUCUCCAAAGUUUACAUUCUGCUAUGAUGCAUUGCAUGGAGUUGCUGGAGCCUAUGCACAUCGCAUCUUUGUUGAAGAGCUCGGUGCACAAGAAAGUGCGUUAUUGAACUGCAUACCCAAGGAGGACUUUGGUGGAGGGCAUCCAGAUCCCAAUCUGACAUAUGCUAAGGAGCUUGUGGCACGAAUGGGAUUAGGUAAAUCCGACACCGGCGUUGAACCUCCAGAAUUUGGUGCGGCUGCUGAUGGUGAUGCAGACCGUAACAUGAUCCUUGGUAAAAGGUUCUUUGUAACUCCUUCAGAUUCAGUUGCCAUAAUUGCUGCAAAUGCUAUUGGGGCCAUACCGUACUUCAGCUCUGGUUUGAAAGGUGUUGCAAGGAGCAUGCCAACCUCAGCUGCUCUGGAUGUCGUUGCAAAAAGCUUGAAUCUGAAGUUCUUUGAGGUUCCAACGGGCUGGAAGUUUUUUGGUAAUCUGAUGGAUGCUGGGAUGUGUUCUGUUUGUGGGGAAGAAAGUUUUGGAACUGGAUCGGAUCAUAUCCGCGAGAAAGACGGGAUUUGGGCAGUUCUUGCAUGGAUGUCCAUACUUGCUCAUAAGAACAAGGAAAAUCUUGACGGUAACACUAAACUGGUGACCGUUGAAGACAUUGUCCGCCAGCAUUGGGCUACGUACGGCCGUCACUAUUACACUCGUUAUGACUAUGAGAAUGUAGACGCAGGUAAAGCAAAGGACCUGAUGGAGCAUUUGAUCAAAUUGCAAUCUUCAAUUCCUGAAGUCAACAAGAUUGUGAAAGGAAUUCGUUCGGAUGUGGCGAACGUCUCCAGUGCUGAUGAAUUCGAGUACAAAGAUCCAGUUGAUGGCUCCAUCUCCAAGCACCAGGGAAUCCGUUACUUGUUUGAGGAUGGUUCGCGACUUGUUUUCCGUCUCUCUGGAACUGGCUCGGAAGGAGCAACCAUCCGACUCUACAUUGAACAGUACGAGAGGGAUGCUUCAAAAACCGGACGAGAGUCCCAUGAAGCUCUGUCUCCUCUGGUUGAAUUAGCUCUGAAGCUAUCCAAGAUGGAGGAAUUCACCGGCCGAUCAGCCCCCACCGUCAUAACAUAAAGAACGCGGUCAAGUUCAACGAUCUCAAAUCAUACACUUUUUUUCUUUCUCUGCACCUAUAUAUGGGAUGCUUUCUUCUCAUUAUAUGAAUAAUUAAGUCUCAGGGAGACUUUGUAUUUCUUGACGGAAUUUUGAACAAUCCUGGCCAACAUCCUGAGUUUUCGUAAAGCUUAUACUUCUCCGGAUUUUGUUUUCUCUCUUUUGCAUGAUUAAGUUUUGUUAUUGCAGUUUUGUAACUAUAAGUAUGAGUUUGAAA